AUGUCUUCAGCCACUCGCAGGCACACACAUUUCCGUCCAUGUAUCGACCUGCAUAAGGGCGAAGUCAAACAAAUUGUCGGCGGAACCCUUUCGGAGGCCGAGCCUUGCAAUCUCAAGACUAACUUCGUGGCCAGCCAUUCAUCUGCCUACUACGCUGAGCUGUACAAGAAGCACGGUCUUGAAGGCGGGCACAUCAUCAAGCUUGGAGACGGGAAUGAUGAAGCCGCGAAGGAGGCUCUGCAUGCAUGGCCUGGCCACUUGCAGAUUGGUGGAGGGGUCACAGAUAGGAACUGUCAAGAGUGGCUGAGUGCUGGGGCUAGCAAGGUCAUUGUGACAUCAUACUUGUUCCCCGAUGGCAUAUUCUCCCUGCAGAGAUUACAAGUAAUAUCUUCAUUGGUUGGGAAGGACAGACUUGUAGUCGAUGUGAGUUGCCGCAAAAGAGGUGAGAAAUGGUUGAUAGCAAUGAACAAGUGGCAGAAAACUACAGAUAUGGAAGUCUGCAAAGAAUCUCUGGAGUUACUCUCAGGGUACUGCAGUGAAUUUCUCAUACAUGCUGCUGAAGUGGAAGGUUUGUGUCAAGGGAUUGAUGAAAGCUUAGUUGCCAAACUUGGAGAAUGGGUUACAAUACCAACAACAUAUGCCGGUGGAGCCAGGAGUCUGAGUGACCUGGGAACAGUUAAUAAUCUUUCUGAUGGAAGGGUUGAUCUUACAUUUGGCAGUUCCUUGGAUAUCUUCGGAGGGACUUUGGUGCAAUUCUCAGACCUUGUGAAGUAUGAGGCACUGUAG